CCCUUCCUGAUUCCGCGGUUCCACUUCUCCUUCCUCUCCCCUCCCUUUCCUCCCCAUAAAAUACUACCCAGAACAAGCUCAGCUUCAGCGCUAGCCUGGUUUCUCUGUACACACAGAAGUUUCGGUCAUACUAGCCAGUUUCUUUUAACCGGGCACACGGCAGGGAGAGAGAGCAACAGUUGCAGCAGGCGUUGUCUGCAGCAGGACAGAAUGCGGACGCCGACUGCCAUGAUCGUGGGCAUCGUCCUAGGCCCCUGCGGCCUCAUCCUGAACCUGACGAGCACUCUGGCUCCCGCCUGGAGGGAUGCAAGCCGUAUCCCUGACCAACCCUACGACAUGAUCCAGCACCAAGGCAUCUGGGACAUCUGCAACGAGUUUCAAAGCACCCAGAAGACUCAGUGCAACAUCAAGGACACCCUGGGGUACUUCUCCCACCAAACUGUGCAAGUCGCCAAAGGGCUGAUGCCAUCCUCUGUGGCCGUCACUGUCCUGGGGUUGGUUGUGGCUUCGCUGGGCGUGCGCUGCUGGCAGGAUAUGCCCCAGUACCUGCUGGCUGGGCUAGGCGGCCUGCUGCUCUUCGUUUCCGGGCUGCUUAGCCUGAUCGCCGUCUCUUGGUACAAUCAUGACAUCCGAAACCUUCCCAUCCCGGCCGGCAGUAUCCUAGGGGUGGGCUACUGCCUGGUGCUAGGCUACUUAGGGAGCUGCCUAGAAAUAAUUGGGGGCUUCUCCCUCUCGCUCAGCUUUGCUCAGUGCUGCAAGGAGCGCAAGCUGAAGAAAGCAGCUAUGAAUUACAGCUACCCACCCAGCAGUCAGAGGGUCCCAGCGACCACGGCUGCCAUUUCCCCCUCCAUUGGCAACACAGAGCUCCAAAUGGACUAUUACAGGACUCCAACCCCAAGGUCUUACACCAACCCCCAGGAUGUACUGGAAAGUGAACACCCCAGUAAUUGGAGCAGGUUCCCCUGCGAUUCUGAUUUAUAGCCCUAAGCGGGGACACUCUUGCAAGGAACGAGCUGCAGAAAGAUUCAUUCUGGAACUCUGCUCAGACAACAAAAAUACCCAGUGAGGAAAGU